UCAAUCGAUGGCGGCGCCACGUCACUAACGUACACUUUUCGGAGCUGCGGCGGUCGUGGCGGAAUUCCGCAUGGGGUCUCCGCCGCGGUUAUUUUUGGGCUAAAUUAUGUUUCCUGCUACGAUCAUAUAAAACCUUCCUUUCACCAUGAUGGAAAUUUUCCUCAGAAUAUCAUUCUUUCCUUUAUUUCCUCACAGACAUGUAGUUUAAUCAGGUGGGAUUCAAAAUUCCAAUGGGGUGCAAUUUAUCUUAAUCCUGGCCCCAAGAAAUUGUUUUGCCACCCACCUGGUUCAGGCUGCUCAUCCUGGUCAAAUUCUGUGCACACCUUGACAUAUUUCCUAAAGCAUCCCAGAACUUGCACUGCCUGUCCUGGCCCUGGUGACCAACCCACGUGACACCUGCCGAAGAUGGGGAUCCAGGACCUGCAGCGGUUCAUCGAGGCGCACGUGCCGAACGCGUGCGUGCCGGUGGACCUGCUUAAGAUCGCGCGCGGGGUGACGCUGCACCGGCCGCGUACGCCCAGCAGCCGGCACCGGCCGCCGCCCUCGGUCGAGCUCUGCCUCGUGCUGGACGCCGAGGGCUGCCUGGACCGGUUGUAUGGCGGCUACUUCUCAGACUGGGUGUGCGGUGGCCAGUGGAACCGAAUGGUGCAGUUCCUCUCCAUCCUGGUGCAGACGGUGCAGGCCAACAACAUGGAGCUGGCCGUCUUCUUCUCCGGCGCACUCGAGCUGCCGCGCAUGCGCGAGUGGGUGGCGCGCCAGUACGCCCAGCGGCGCGACAUCAACCAGGCGCUGAAGCACGUGGCGCUCAAGUCGACACCGCCGCCCAAGGUGUGGUGGACGGCGCCGGCCUGCCUGCGCACCGCGCUGCGCAUGGCGCUGCGUCACCUCAAGGUGCAGGUGCUGUGCUCCAGCGACGACCACCGCCAGGAGGUGAUGGCCUUCUGCCGCGACAACAACUACCACGGCGUGAUGGCCGAGGACGCCGAGUACAUCAUGUGCAACCCGCCGCGCUUCUUCUCCGCCAAACAGAUGAAGUUGACUUACAAGGGCUCGCUGGAGACCAAGGAGUUCAUUCUGAACGAGGUGGCGCGCGGCCUGGACCUGCAGCCCAACCGGUUCUGCCUGCUGGCCGCCCUGCUGGGCAACUACCUGCUGACCGAGGACGAGCUGGCCGAGUUUCACGACCAGCUGGGCAGCCGCGCCGCCGGCGGGAAGCCGACGGCGGAGGAGCUGACGGGGUUGGUGGUGGAGUUCGUGCGCGGCCUUGCCUCGGUCGACGACCUGGACCAGGUGGGCGCGCUCGUCUUCAAGGCAGCCGCCGACCCGCGCGUCGACAGGCUCAAGCGGAGCGUGCGCUACUACAUGAACGGCUCGCGUGAUGACUGCAAGUACAAAGCCGGCUCAGUGUCCCGCCCUGUCGCCAAGGCCGCGUCGGCCUCCCCGGACGCCGACGCUGCGGCGGCGCGGCGCCUGUUCGAGCGGGCGUCGGAGCCGGCAGACGGCGCCACCGUCAACGGCGUCACCGUCCAGCUGGAGCGUCUCACCACCGACGAUGUCUCUGCGCCGGGCUCCUUCAACGGCCACAGCUCGCCGGUGAACGGGGACGUGUUGGGGCCGCCGGAGGGGCCGCACGUGAGCCUGACGCCGCCGCCGCUGCCGCCCGUCACGGCCGAGGUGCUGCGCACGGCGGCCGAGCGUCACCAGAAGGGUCUGAUGUCGCCCUGGGUGCACCAGGCCCUGACCCAGGGCGAGAUCCAGCUGCCAGUCAGUAUGGAGGACGAGCUGGGCCGGGAGCUGCCCAACGCGGCACUCUUCUACCGGCCGGUGCGUGAGCGCGUGUACGCCGUGCUCUUCAACCUCUACCACCACAGCUUCCUGCACAACAAGGACAAGGAGAAGCCUGCCGCCGAGCAGCACCAGGUGCCGCAGGUCCAGGUCCGCGAGUGGGCGUACAGCCGGCUCAACCCGUACACCCGGCCGGACCUGGUGACGGCGCGCCCGCUGGGCUGGGGCGUACCCACCGUGCAGCGGCUGUGGUUCGGGACGACGGAUGACGACAAGAAGCGUCGCCUGCGCGCCCUGCUCAGCUGCGUCAACGCCGACUCUCCCAACAUCCGCAAUCCGGUCUACGUGCCGCAGCACCUGCUCGUGCUGGCCUGCGUGCUCAGGUACAUGAUGUCGCAGAGUGGUCCGAACGGUCAGGCCUUCCUCUGCAAGCCGGAACUGGAUGCCUUCAUCGCUCAGGCCCUCAGUCCCAAGCUCACCGACUCGCAGUACCUGCAGGACCUUCAGCUGCCGUCGCUCUCCGCGCGAGCCGUGCAGCUGGCCAACCUGUUCAUGCAGGGCGUCGAGGUGGUGCUGUUCGCCAACGACGCGUGCGGCGCGCCCGUGCCGUGGCUCAUGUGCUGCCCGUGGCUCUUCUUCGACGGCAAGCUGUUCCACAGCUUCCUGCUGAAGGCGACCCAGUGCCGCAACGUGCUGGAGCUGUGCGACAACCAGCUGGAGAUGGUCGGCCAGCUGGACCUGGUGCGCCGGGCCGUGCUGGACGGCCUGCACGUACAGUACGCGCGGCCGCCGCUGGCCGGGCCGGCGCCGGCCGCCGGCGGGCGCCGCCUACUGGCGCGCGGCGCGCGCCUCCAGAUCGGCGGCGUCGUGGUCGGCUCGUGGGCCGGCAACCUGGGCCUGGGCCGCGGCCGGCCGCCCCCGGCCGUGGCGCUGCGCCGCGGCCUGGGGCGCGGCCAGCCGCUGCAGCCCGGCGUCUGGCCCGCCGCCGGCCCGCGCGCCGCCCGAAAAACCACGUCGGCGGUCAACACAGGUGGCAGAACUGUGAUGUUCGUUUCGCUGACAUCAUUCGAUGUUGCCGUGUGA